CGAUAACACGUAGAUAUUGUAUACAGGCUGACGCGCCGCACAGGUAUUUAAUUCUCAGGACUAGACGGAAGGUCGAAGUAACAGGGAGGCCAUGUUGGAUUUUAAGUAAACUUCUCGUGUGGUCCUGGCAUUAGAAAUGCAUCCCCGGCGCAGUGCCCAGGAAGUCCUGCUUUGUGACCUCUGUGAAACUGUCCCCCUAGAGAGUUAUUGUGACGUUUGUAAUAUAAAUAUCUGUGUUAACUGUGUAGGAAAGCAUCUCUCAGAUGCCUCUAAAAGACACAAUGUCGUGCCGUUUUUACAGAGGAAGGCUACUCCUAACUACCCGAAAUGUCCGAAACACUCUGAAAAACACUGCGAACUUCACUGCGAGGAAUGCAACAUUCCUGUCUGUUCUACCUGUGUCUCCUCAGGUAAACACAAAGGUCACGAUAUAUCAGAUGUUCUGGAAAAACUCGGUGCUAAAACAGAAAGUUUACAGAAAGAUCUGAACGAACUAGAGACCAUAAUUUAUCCCCGAUAUGAGGAAAUGGCGUCCGAUGUCCAAACCGAGAAAGCAGAAUUAGAAACAAAAUACGGGAAACUGACCACAGCCACUGACCAACAAGGAGAAAUCUUACACCAAGAAAUCACCGCCAUUGUCAACCAGCGGAAAUCUGCCAUUGCGCAGAUGAAAAACAAACACCUAUCUACCCUGAAUAAAAAUACAGAAGAAAUCACACAGAAAAUGGCGGAACUCAAACAGAUCAUGUCCGACUUGAAAUCAAUCCUAAAAUCAAAUGACGUCUCCUUAACCUCUACUUACAAAUCUAGGAAUUCCGAAUUUAGAACAUUACCGCCUAAAGUUACAGUACCAAGUUUGUCUGCUCAGAAAAUAAACAAAGAUCAGCUCAAUGAAUUGUUUGGUUCUCUGUCGCCAUCAUCCAUUAACACAGAACAUGGCGACACAAUGAAGUCAGCAGAAGCUGUAUCGUCUCCUCCAGUCAAACCACUGCUUGAUGAGCCGCGCGUCACCGCCACCAUAGACACUGGGUAUAACAGACUACUCAGUGUUAGCUGUCUGAGUGAAGAUCAAGUCUGGACACGCGGAGAGUUCAACAACACCAUGAAGCUCCUCAACCUCCAGAGUGAACUACUGACAUCAAUACAAACCAAGUCAGGGGACUAUCCAUGGGAGAUAGCAGUGACACGGGACGGAGAUCUUGUUUAUGCUGGCUAUAGAGAUAGAACUGUUAACUUAAUAAAGAAUAAACAGAUACAGACCGUGAUCACACUACAGGGGUGGAGACCUCUCUCUGUCUGCAGUACCGCCUCUGAUGAUCUCCUGGUUACCAUGAUCAGUGAUGAUGAAACACAAUCCAAAGUCGUGCGUUACUCCGGCUCCACAAAGAAACAAAGCAUUCAGUUUGAUGAUCAGGGUCGUCCUCUCUAUAAAUCUGGUUAUUAUAAAUACAUUAGUGAGAACAGGAACCUGGAUAUCUGUGUGGCUGACUGGUCAGCUAGAGCAGUAGUGGUGGUCAAUCAGUCGGGAAAACUCCGAUUUAGAUACACUGGUCAUCCCUCUAAUACCAAGCAAUCAUUUGAUCCACGCUGCAUCACUACAGACAGCCAGGGUCACAUCCUAAUAUCAGACUGCGACAAUUACCGUAUCCACAUCCUAGAUCAGGACGGACAGUUCCUCCGUUACAUUCACUGUGAUUUAGAACUUCCAUUAGGUUUAUGUGUGGACAUCAGAGACAAUCUCUUUGUGGUUGAGCAUUACACUGCUAAAGUGAAGAAAAUCCAAUAUCUAUAAACACAGUGUUAAUUACACAGCUCUACAGUGUUAAUUACACAUCUAAAAACCCUGUUCAUUACACAUCUAAACACAAUGUUAAUUGCAUCUUUGUGUUGAUUUCAGCUGCUUGUUGAUUACAUCUGCUGGUUGAUUACAGCCCUGUGUUAAUUACAGCCCCCCCCCCCCCCCCCCCCCCCCCCCCCCCCCCCCCCCGUGUUAAUUACAGCCCCGUGUUAAUUACAGCCCUGUGUCUGUGAUGUGUAAUUAACAUGUACUUGUGUUUGUGAGUUUAACUGAUAGAACAUUAGUCUCUCAAUGCUGUUUAGUAAUUAUAUCUUACAAUAUCUGUAUCAUUAUAUCUAAUCAUAGCACACUAAUCAUAUUGUGUUAGUAGUUAUAUAUCUCUAUACAGGUGAUUGUAAAUCAGUUAUUGUGAAGUACUUAGGAAUGUCACUUUGUCAGUAUUUUGUGUGUAGCAUUGAAAUAUAGUACAUUGUACAUCCACUACUGAGUACUUACAUGUACUAAUUGAACAGUAUUUGGUUUGUUAAUUAUGUAUUUCAAUAUGUGUUUGAUUUUACAAUGUAUAUAUUAGAUAAACAUGAUACAGAG